ACCCCGCCCCCUGCUGCUGCCAGUCUGCGCCGGGCGGCGGCGGCGACCGAGCCCGGAACAUGGCGGCCGCGGCGCGCAGCUUCGGGCCCGAACCGGAGGCCGAGCCGGCCAAGGAGGCUCGCGUCGUGGGCUCUGAGCUCGUGGACACGUAUACGGUUUACAUCAUCCAAGUCACUGAUGGGAGCCAUGAAUGGACAGUCAAGCACCGCUACAGUGAUUUCCAUGACCUACAUGAAAAGCUUGUUGCAGAGAAGAAGAUUGAUAAAAGUCUGCUUCCGCCCAAAAAGAUAAUUGGGAAAAACUCGAGGAGCUUGGUGGAAAAGAGGGAGAAGGAUCUGGAGGUCUACCUCCAGACACUCCUGGCCACCUUCCCUGAUGUGGCCCCUCGAGUGCUGGCCCACUUCUUGCAUUUCCACUUCUACGAGAUUAAUGGCAUCACUGCAGCACUGGCUGAGGAGCUUUUUGAAAAAGGAGAACAGCUCCUGGGGGCCGGUGAGGUCUUUGCCAUCGGGCCCCUGCAGCUCUAUGCGGUCACUGAGCAGCUGCAGCAGGGAAAGCCCACGUGCGCCAGUGGGGAUGCCAAGACUGACCUGGGGCACAUCCUGGACUUCACCUGUCGCCUUAAGUACCUUAAGGUUUCUGGCACAGAAGGACCUUUUGGGACCAGCAACAUUCAGGAGCAGCACCUGCCUUUUGAUCUGUCAAUAUUCAAGUCUCUUCAUCAGGUUGAGAUAAGUCACUGUGAUGCCAAGCACAUCCGGGGGCUGGUCUCAUCAAAGCCCACCUUAGCCACAAUGAGCGUCUGCUUCUCAGCAACCUCCAUGAAGGAAGUCCUUGUUCCUGAAGCCUCAGAAUUUGAUGAGUGGGAGCCAGCAGGGGCAGCCCUGGAGGGCCCUGUGACUGCCAUCAUCCCCACAUGGCAGGCGCUGACUGCUCUGGACUUGAGUCACAACAGCAUCUCCGAGAUCGACGAGUCUGUGAAACUUAUUCCAAAGAUUGAGUUCCUGGAUCUGAGUCACAAUGGAGUGCUAGUUGUGGAUAAUCUGCAGCACCUAUAUAACCUUGUGCACCUGGACCUGUCCUACAAUAAGCUCUCCUCCUUGGAAGGCGUUCACACCAAACUGGGCAACAUUAAGACCCUGAACCUGGCGGGCAACCUCCUGGGGAGUCUGCGUGGCCUGCACAAGCUCUACUCUCUGGUCAACUUGGAUCUCAGCAACAACAGAAUCGAGCAGAUGGAGGAGGUCAGGAGCAUUGGCAGCCUCCCGUGUCUGGAGCACGUGGCUCUGCUGAACAACCCUCUGAGCAUCAUCCCAGACUACCGGACCAAGGUGCUGGCUCAGUUUGGAGAGCGGGCGUCUGAGGUCUGUCUGGACAACACAGUGACCACAGAGAAGGAGUUGGACACAGUGGAAGUGCUAAAAGCGAUUCAGAAAGCCAAGGAGGUCAAGUCCAAACUAAGCAACACUGAGAAGAAGGUCGGUGAGGAUUCCAGGCUCUCUGCUGCCCCCUGCAUCAGACCCAGUGGCUCCCCUCCCACCGUGGCUCCCACCUCAGCCUCCCUGCCCCAGCCUAUUCUCUCCAACCAAGGAAUCAUGUUCGUGCAAGAGGAGGCCCUGGCCAGCAGCCUCUCAUCCACAGACAGUCUGACUCCCGAGGACCGGCCCAUUGCCCGGGGCUGCUCCGAUUCCUUGGAGUCCAUCCCUGCGGGACAGGCACUUUGCGAUGAGAUAAGGGAUGUGCCGGGGGCUGUUGGUGGUGCAAGCCCGGAGCACUCAGAGCCAGAGGUCCAGGUGGUGCCUGGUUCCGGCCAGAUCAUCUUUCUGCCCUUCACCUGCAUUGGCUACACUGCUACCAACCAGGACUUCAUCCAGCGCCUGAGCACGCUCAUCCGGCAAGCCAUUGAGCGGCAGCUGCCUGCUUGGAUCGAGGCUGCCAACCAGCGAGAGGAGGGCCGAGGCGAGCAGGGCGAGGAGGAGGAGGAAGAGGAGGAGGAGGAUGUUGCCGAGAACCGCUACUUCGAAAUGGGGCCCCCGGACGUGGAGGAAGAGGAGGAGGGUGGGCCAGGAGAGGAAGAGGAGGAAGAGGAGGAAGAGGAGGAGGAGGAGGAGGGCGAGGAGGGCGAGGAGGAGAGGCUGGCUCUGGAGUGGGCCCUAGGCGCAGAUGAGGACUUCCUGCUGGAGCACAUCCGCAUCCUCAAGGUGCUCUGGUGCUUCCUGAUCCAUGUGCAGGGCAGUAUCCGCCAGUUCGCCGCCUGCCUCGUGCUCACAGACUUUGGCAUUGCGGUCUUCGAGAUCCCGCACCAGGAGUCCAGGGGCAGCAGCCAGCACAUCCUCUCCUCCCUGCGCUUUGUGUUCUGCUUCCCGCAUGGCGACCUCACCGAGUUCGGCUUCCUCAUGCCGGAGCUGUGCUUGGUGCUCAAGGUGCGGCACAGUGAGAACACGCUCUUCAUCAUUUCAGAUGCCACCAACCUGCACGAGUUCCACGCUGACCUGCGCUCGUGUUUCGCACCACAACACAUGGCCAUGCUGUGCAGCCCCGUGCUCUAUGGCAGCCACACCAGCCUGCAGGAGUUCCUGCGCCAGCUGCUCACCUUCUACAAAGUGGCGGGUGGCUGCCAGGAGCGCAGCCAAGGCUGCUUCCCCGUCUACCUGGUCUACAGUGACAAGCGCAUGGUGCAGACAGCUGCCGGGGACUACUCGGGCAACAUCGAGUGGGCAAGCUGCACGCUCUGCUCAGCCGUGCGGCGCUCCUGCUGUGCCCCCUCUGAGGCGGUCAAGUCCGCCGCCAUCCCCUACUGGUUGCUGCUCACACCCCAGCACCUCAACGUCAUCAAGGCCGACUUCAACCCCAUGCCCAACCGCGGCACCCACAACUGUCGCAACCGCAACAGCUUCAAGCUCAGCCGUGUGCCGCUCUCCACCGUGCUGCUGGACCCCACACGCAGCUGCACACAGCCACGGGGCGCCUUCGCUGAUGGCCAUGUGCUCGAGCUGCUGGUGGGCUACCGCUUUGUCACUGCCAUCUUUGUGCUGCCCCACGAGAAGUUCCAUUUUCUGCGAAUCUACAACCAGCUGCGAGCCUCACUGCAGGACCUGAAGACCGUGGUCAUCGCCAAGACCCCUGCGACCGGGGGCAGGCCUCAGAGCCCCCUCGCGGAUGGCCAGCCCACAGAGGGUAGGGCCAGAUGCAGCGAUGACCAGCAUCUCCAGGAGGCCCUGGAAGAAGUUCCAGCCCCAGGUCCAGUCCCAGCUCUGGCCCCAGCAGAGGCCCCAGGCCUGGCAAAGAUCCCAGCUCCAGCGGAGGCCUCAGAGCCAGCUUUGGUCCUGCCAGAGGCCCCCACAGAGGCUUCUGCCUCAGAGGAGACCCCAGCAGAGGCCUCAGCAGGGGCCUCAGUCCCGGCCCUAGCAGAGGGCACAGCACAAGCUGAGGCCCCUGCCCAGUACCCAAGUGAACGCCUGAUCCAGUCCAUGUCGGAGGAGAAUCAGAUUCCCUCGCACCUGCCUGCCUGCCCGUCCCUCCAGCACAUUGCCAGUCUGCAGGGGAGUGCCGUCGUCGAGUUCUUCCACAACAGCGUUGCUGAGGUGGAAAAUGAGGAGCUGCGACACCUCCUGUGGUCAUCAGUGGUGUUCUACCAGACCCCGGGGCUGGAGGUGACAGCCUGCGUGCUGCUCUCCACCAAGGCUGUGUACUUUGUGCUGCAUGACGGCCUCCGCCGCUACUUUUCUGAGCCGCUGCAGGAUUUCUGGCAUCAGAAAAACACCGACUACAACAACAGUCCAUUCCACAUCUCCCAGUGCUUUGUUUUAAAACUCAGCGACCUGCAGACAGUCAACGUUGGGCUUUUCGACCAGUAUUUCCGGCUGACUGGUUCCUCCCCGGCGCAGGUGGUUACAUGCUUGACGCGGGACAGCUACCUGACACACUGCUUCCUCCAGCACGUCAUGGCUGUGCUGUCCCUGCUAGAACGCACACCCUCUCCUGAGCCUGUCGACAAAGACUUCUACUCUGAGUUUGGAAACAAGACCACAGGAAAAGUGGAGAACUACGAGCUGAUCCACUCGAGCCGCGUCAAGUUCACCUACCCCAGUGAGGAGGAGAUCGGGGACCUGACGUUCACUGUGGCCCAGAAGAUGGCUGACCCAGAGAAGGCACCGGGCCUCAGCAUCCUGCUGUACGUGCAAGCUUUCCAGGUGGGCAUGCCACUACCUGGGCGCUGUAGGGGCCUGCUGCGCCCCAAGACAUUGCUGCUCACCAGCGCCGAGAUCUUCCUUCUGGAUGAGGACUUCGUCCACUACCCGCUGCCCGAGUUCGCCAAGGAGCCUCCACAGAGGGACCGGUACCGACUGGAUGAUGGCCGCCGCGUCCGGGACCUGGACCGCGUGCUCAUGGGCUACCAGACAUACCCGCAGGCCCUCACCCUGGUCUUUGAUGAUGUUCAGGGCCACGACCUCAUGGGCAGCGUCACCCUGGACCACUUUGGGGAGGAGCCAGGGGGCCCAGCCAGAGCUGGCCAGGGCCGCGAGGUCCAGUGGCAAGUGUUCAUCCCUAGCGCUGAGAGCCGCGAGAAGCUCAUCUCGCUGUUAGCCCGCCAGUGGGAGGCUCUGUGCGGCCGGGAGCUGCCCGUGGAACUCACUGGCUAGCUCACCGUGUCUGGCCUGGUGUCCACUCAGGGCGGGAAAGGAGGCUUUCUUUGUUCUUUUAAAAAUGUUUUCUUCUCUCUUGGUACCUUCAUUUGACUGUCCUCCCAGAGAAUGUGAACUGUGUGUUCAAUUGGUUCUGUCUUGAGAGUGAAAGUGCCGGCCCCUCCAGGGUCUCCGGGUACCAUCAGCUUCCCGUGGAUCUGUCUGUCCCUGGUGCCACGUGGCCGGGCACACCAGUGUCGUAUCUUCUGUCGUGGGACUGUUGUUAACGUUGCACCGUGGUUCUGGAUUACUCUUUUACACGUCCUUUCCUGAGAUGUCAAGUCGUCUUGUUACUGUUGUUGUCAUUGUGGGCACCUGCUGCUAAUUAUGAAGCUGGCCGCACAGUGCACAUUGAAAGCUCCUGCCCUGUGCAGUUUUCCAAAGGGGAAGCCUCUCCGGGACCAGACAAGUGGGAAUGAGAGCCCUGUGGGGCAGGAGUCCCCCAGGCCUUGAGGCUGAGAGGGCUGGGGGUAGGGGACCUACAGCUGCCAGCCCCAAGUGUGAUUCCUGUUGCCUAUUUUCUCUAUUCCAUAAAGCCAAGUUUGACACA